AUGGACAAGUGGCUCGAUCAGUCGGACAACAUCGAGAGGUGGGAAACCGCGUCGCUGACAAUNGCGAAGCAGUGCAACACUAUCGCCUGGCUUGGCCCUGCGGAGUGCACGGACGAGGUGCAGCCAGUUGAUGCAGGAGCCGGACGAUUUCUCAAGGUGGAAGUUGGUAACGAGAUGGACAAGUGGCUCGAUCAGUCGGACAACAUCGAGAGGUGGGAAACCGCGUCGCUGACAGCAUCUGACCGGCGCGUACUGAUCACUCAAUGGACGGGAGCGGCCAUGGCAAAACUCAACAGCAAUCAGGGGUACCGACACCGCCUUUUCGAAAAGUGCGGGAUGGCGAUGACCGUGGACGGCUCAGGCGAUGAUCGAAUCACCUUUGAGGCGGGGAGGGCAUGGAGGGCGCUGGAUACAGCGAUGAAGACGACGACAGGGCGGGAGGAGGAGGGCGCCGGAAGGCGCGAGCCGGUCGUCUGGGAUGAGCGCAAUGGUGCCAACAGCGGGGAGGGCAUGGAGGGCGCUGGAUACAGCGAUGAAGACGACGACAACAUGUCUCAAUCCCAGACCGACGAGCUAGCUCUUUUGGACGAGGACGACAGCAUGGACCCAGACGACUCGGAGGACGAGACGCAGGGAAUGGAGAUCCCGGCGGGCUUUCACCUUCAAAAAUCCACCCCCGCUGCUCUUGACAGAUUGCUUUUGCAACGUGGAGUGUUUGUUCGGCUGGGCAUGGGGUGGUUCGGUGGGUUGAUCAUUCAGCAACCUCCGAAGCGCCACCUGUACGACUACUGUGUGCAGCUGGAAGUGGACCACAGUACGCGCAAUAUGAAGCUGCCCUUAGACAAGUACAGCGGAGAUCCGGACGCGGCGGUAGGCUCAUGGGUUUUGCUUGUGAGCGCCAGUAGGGCGGGAAGGGUACGCACCCCCAACGUCACUCUUGUGGACCAAGACGCCAACAAGAAGCGAGCCUCGCUCCAAAUAAGAGGUUCUUGCGGGCCGGUUCUGUAUUACAACAACAUCGACGACAGCAGCAGAAACACCAACAGUAAAAACAACUGCAACAACAACGACGACGGCGACGACGACGACAACGACAACGUGUUACGAAGACUGGCUGCCUACAGGCCAACUCGAAGCGGAGUAGCGGAGGAGCGGAAUCUGUAUCUUUCACGUGCUGUCUGUGUGGGCUGGCGUGUGACGGAAAGGAGAGUCAGAGGAAGCUGCGGGAAACGUGUCAAGGGGACGAUGCUCGUUUUUCCAAGGGCUCUUCGGGGAUGUUGUUCCACCGCAGCAGCGGCGAGGGCGGCGGGGUCGACCCGGGCUGUUCCUGAUGCCGGCGUGCGAGACUGCAGGCGUCUUUUCGUCGCGAGCCCCCCACGCCCCCCCGAGAUCGCUGGGGAUCCGCGCUGGCUGCCCCUUCGAGAGCUGCUGCGGAAGUGCGAUACCCCCAGCCUUUGCGAUGCCGACAAGAGCCUCAGCAGCAAGGUCAUCGACUACGCCAUACGCCCCAGGCAUAUUCGCACCAGGGGCAUCGGACUGCUGGGGCUGGCGAGGACCGUGCGCACCGUGGGUGGGCCAGGAGAGCACCCGGACUUCAGAAAUCUGGUCGAGUCGCUGAUGGAGAGCAGCCCCGGAGAGGUGCUUGUCGUCGACUGCGGAGGAAGCAAUAUCGCUGUCGCGGGGGAACUCUUCUCGGCAGAGGCGAAGCGACGGAGCCUGGCGGGGAUGCUCAUCGAGGGCGCCUGCAGGGACACCGAGACCAUCGCGAGGCUCCGCUUUCCGGUGUACUGCCGCUUCGUCAACCCCAUGGCUGGACGAUGCAUCACCCUGGACAGAGAUCUCAUGCAGGUACCAGUCACAAUCGGAGGGGUCAAGAUCAACCCCGGCGACGUGAUCAUGGGAGACGAUGACGGUGUCGUGGUCCUCGGGAAUGACUUGGACAAAAUUCAGAAAACUGCCCUAGCUGCUUCGGAGAUCCUGCGAAACGAAAGCGCCGUGCUGACCGAGGUCCUCGACAACAACAGAUGCCUCUUGGAGUUCAUGGACAUGAUGGACAGUCACAAGCAAGUCUCCCCAGAGUGAAAACUGUUAUGAUGCUCCAACACCAAGCUUGGGCCAGCAUAAUCAAUGGUGGUCUUCGAAGCAUCUCGUCAAGGGCUUGCCGUAGGCGUAUGGGGCUCUUUCGGCACCCGUCUGGUUAUUGAGCAUUCGAGCUUUCAAAGUCGGGGUCUUUGGUGGUGUGCCAUCUCUCCGACUCUAUCGGAAUACCACGGUACGGUUUGCGGUACGGUACAGACAAUCUUGGUUGUGGAGCAUUCGAACGAUGAAUGUCUGAGGGGGUGCCAUCUCCCCGCCCCUUGCGGUAGUCAUUUAUUGGAUGUGCUGGGCAUUAACAAGGAAGGUUGCUCCACGCCGAAAUGGCGCCUGAUGGACAUGGCGGAUACUCAACAAGAAGAGCAGACGCGCCUGUCACUGUUGGCAGUAACCGCGAGAACCUAAGCGGGCAUUGUUUUUUUUUUAUCUCGUCGUACCAUCCGUAUUAUGACGCCCGUCGACACACGUUUUCGGUGUAUGUGUUUGUUGCGCCACGCGUUGUCACAAAUGAUUUUUUUGUACACACGCCCAAAUUGUCGCCCGGCGGUGCUUGCCCCAGUAUUGAACCCGGGCUGAUUCAGCCGGCGUUUGACGUUGUCAUGGUGUGUUAGGUACGGUACUCGGUAUUCUCUUACACGUGUUCUUUUUUUUUUUUUCCGCAAGACAUGGCUGGAGAUUCCGUGGGCCCGGGUGAGUCGAGGACACAAACGUGUGGAGCACGUUGGGGUAGGUGCAGCUAAUGCGCUAGUUGCAGAGAUGGGUAGCCUACACCGAGGCCUCGUACGUUGGCCGCUAGCAUGCAGCGUGUGAGUUGGCCCGACGGACACUUGUCGACAAGAGGUCAAGCUUGGCGUUGCUGUCAGCGAUGUACUUGUUGGACUUGACGCUAUUAUUCUGACGAACAUCCCACAUCGAAUGGUAACACUUUUACAUGCAUUCCAUUGGCUCUGUUGGCGAGACGACGGCCUAGCGAGAAAUUGGAGAGCAGUCGGAUAGACCACGUGGGACGGUCCUCGAGCACACUCGGGGUCUUCUGUCGCAACUCGUUGCGAGAUGGUUGCAUUUUGUACGGUUUUCUGUCUUACCACCGUUCUGCGCUCUGGUUACCCCGGCUGCGUGCAGCACAGCGUCAGGUUGUCCAGCGGGAGGAUGAUUCAUUGCUGCAUGGUUCCCCAGGAUCAGAGAACAGUAAGACGUGCUCUCACGUUGUUUGUGAAGACGGGCACGUCUGUACAGGGCGAGAAAAAACAGGGACGACGAAGUCCGAGAAGCGAGGCAACCUUGAGAACGCAACUCGUAAGCGUGUGCAUGGCCUUGAGAUAGGAGCUGCGUCGUUGGGCGAGUGGGUAAACCGCGUGGUGAAAACCGAGGAGAGAAUUUGAACGUCAUGCGGUGCUUCGAACAAAUGCUGGUGUG